CGACACGUUCUCUCAAAAUCAACCAUUUCUUUAUUUUCCCCCAAAUUUCUCAGAAAGCUCACAGUACAAAUACUAAAAAAUCAAAAAUUCCAUUUCCCCAUUCAAUCUACGCACCGUUUAUUCGUUUCAUUUACUGCAUAAACCCACUUUUGCAACUUCCAGAUCUUUUGCUUCUUCUUCAUACAUCAGAGUGCUGAAGAAGUGAUGAAGAUUCAGUGUAACGUUUGUGAGGUUGCGGAGGCGAACGUGUUGUGCUGCGCCGAUGAGGCGGCGUUGUGUUGGUCGUGUGAUGAGAAGGUUCAUGCUGCUAAUAAGCUUGCUAGUAAACAUCAGAGAGUUCCUUUAUCUGGUUCUUCUUCAUCUAUGCCUAUGUGUGAUAUCUGCCAGGAUAUGGUUUGCAUAUGGCAUGUGGAGGGCUCGUCUAGAGGUUCUUAAUGUUAAACUAUGGGGUACCCUUUUCCCUUAUUUGGCAGUCCUUUUGGGCAAGAGAUUAAGGAAGCAAGAGGAAACAGUUGGCUAUUUCUUUUGUCUUGAGGAUCGGGCAUUACUUUGCCGAAAAUGUGAUAUUGCUAUUCACACAGCUAAUCCUCAUGUUGCAGCUCACCAAAGAUUUUUGCUGACUGGAGUGAAAGUAGGACUUGAACCUGUUGAUCCUGGUGGUAUUUCAUCCACGGGGACAUCACAGUCCAUUCAGAAGGUUUCUGAGCCAGAGUCUGCUCCACUUUCUAAACGAAAUGUCCCAGUAUCAUUGGAUGUUCAAUUUAACAAAGUAUUACCUACCCAGGUCAGUGGCGUUGAGGAUUUUGCUCCUACUAAGUCUCUGUUUGCUGGAGGUUCUGCAGCUGGAAGUAUGCCACAAUGGCAGUUCGAUGAAUUUAUUGGUCUGAGUGAUUUCAAUCAAAAUUAUGGAUACAUGGAUGAUGGAUCAUCUAAGGCGGAUAAUGGCAAACUUGGUGGAGAGUCAGACUCUUCAUCAAUCUUAAGAGUUGAAGAUGAAGAACUAGAUGGUGAUGAGUGCUUGGGUCAGGUGCCAGACACAUCUUGGGCAGUGCCACAAGUUCCUUCCCCACCUACGGCCUCUGGACUUUACUGGCCCAAAACUUACCAGAAUCCGUUCGACUCUGCAGUGUUUGUGCCUGACAUUAGUUACUCCCCUUCAUCGAGCCUUCAACAACAACCUCCAAGUGGUACUCGUCUGAAACGAAGAAGGCAGUGUUAAUGCACUUUAAGCUUCUUCGCUCACGUUUGUGAUAGGUGAUUCAGAUCCCUAAGCUGUUCGCUCAUGUUAGUGAUAGGUGUUGCAGAUCCCUAAGCUGUUCGCUCAUGUUAGUGAUAGGUGUUGCAGAUCCCUAAGCUCUUCACUAAAGUUAGUGAUAGGUGUCUAGAUAGAGCGGUGUGUGGUAGUUGAAAUUUGAUUUAAAGUUGUUUCCGCAAUGAUUAUUGUGUGUUUCUCCAAUGUAAGUAACCUGCACUGUCUGCUGCAGUUACAUAGAAUGCCAAAAGUGUAUUAGUUCCACUCCAAUUCCCUGAAGUUGUACAAGAAAAUGAAUGUGUAAAACUGGAACCAGAGAAAAAUGACCAUUGUAUCAUCUUAAUUUACCUCCUCUCACUUUUUCUCCUA